GGAACCUGUGAAGACAACGGUUUUGACAGCCAAACGGAGUACAAAGUCGUCGACUGCGUUUCGGACCAAUACACCCACGCUGCAGAAAUAUUCGGCGAGGCUCCCUACGUCCUCACGGACGUCUUCGAGGACAGCAACUGUGAAGUGUACAAGGGCUCAAUGGCUCACCGCGCGACUGGCGAUUGUCUGGUACUCAAUGGCGAG